UGUCUGUCCAAGGCCAUGGCGAAGCUGAUGGUGCUCACCCUCCUGGGGCUGGGACUGGGACUCUUGAGGGACUACCGGUCUUCUUACCAAAUACGACUUAAUGCUGCCAGAGAAGUGACACCAGUGGAUCUUCCUAACUGCAAUUUAGUAAAAGGAAUAGACAAUGGUUCUGAAGACUUGGAGAUACUUCCUAAUGGGCUGACAUUCAUUAGCUCUGGAUUAAAAUAUCCUGGAAUAAAGAGCUUUGACCCCAACAACCCUGGAAAAAUUCUUCUCAUGAACCUGAAUGAGGAAAAUCCAACAGUGCUGGAACUAAAGAUCACUGGCAGUAACUUCAAUUUGGCUUCAUUUAACCCUCAUGGGAUCAGCACAUUCAGAGAUGAAGAUAAUACUGUGUACCUGCUGGUGGUGAGCCAUCCAGAUUCUAAGUCCACUGUGGAAUUGUUUAAAUUUCAAGAAGAAGACAAAUCACUUUUGCAUCUGAAAACCAUCAGACAUGAACUUCUGCCUAAUUUGAAUGAUCUUGUUGCUGUGGGACCAGAGCAAUUUUAUGCCACGAAUGAUCACUAUUUCGUUGAUCCCUACUUACGAUCCUGGGAAAUGUAUUUGGGCUUAGCAUGGUCAAAUGUGGUUUACUACAGUCCAAAUGAUGUUCGUGUUGUGGCAGACAAGUUUGAUUUUGCUAAUGGAAUCAACAUUUCACCUGAUGGCAAGUAUGUCUAUAUAUCUGAAUUGCUGGCUCAUAAGAUUCAUGUGUAUGAAAAGCAUGCUAAUUGGACUUUAACUCCAUUGAAGUCGCUGACCUUUAACACCCUGGUGGAUAACAUAUCUGUGGACCCGGUGACAGGGGACGUUUGGGUUGGAUGUCAUCCCAAUGGCAUGAGAAUCUUCUUUCAUGACCCAGAGAAUCCUCCUGCAUCUGAGGUGAUCAAAAUUCAGAAUAUCUUAACAGAUGAACCCAAAGUAACACUGGUUUAUGCGGAAAAUGGCACAGUGUUGCAAGGAAGUACGGUUGCUUCUGUGUACAAUGGAAAACUUCUGGUUGGCACUGUAUUCCACAAAGCUCUCUACUGUGAGCUCUGACGGGUCUAUUUGCGUCUGUGCCAUGGAAAC